GUUUCAUCCCUAAUCCGUAGUGAAUCACGUAUUAAAACGCUUAUGGCUUCUACAUGCGGUUUCUGCUCUUCGUCUUCCAUUUCCUUCAGUCGGAGAAGUUUGAAUCACCGGAUCGUCUUCCAAUCAGCAACACACCAUUUUCGAAGCACUCAGAUUUCUUUACAAGAACCAGUUUCUGAAGUAACCAACAAUUUAGAAUUCUAUAAUUCAAAUCUUUCUCAAUUGGCGAACGAGAAAAGGAAAAAGUAUAUUUGGGUCAACCCGAAAAGCUCCAAAUACCUUAAAGAUUCAAAUCUUUCUCAAUUGGAAAAUGAGAAAAGGAAAAGUUACAUCUGGGUUAACCCCAAAAGCCCCAAAGCUUCACAGUUCCGGCGAAAGUCUUAUGAUCCAAGAAAGCGCAAGGAUGUGGAUGAUGCAGAGCAACUGUUUGAUGAAAUGCUUCAGAGAGGUGUUACACCUGACAAUACUACAUUUCAAAUGAUUAUCGAGUGUGCUCUGAUGAGCCAUUUACCGAGUAAGGCUGUGGCAUGGUUCGAAAGGAUGCCAGAGUUUCGGAUCCAACCAGAUGAUGCUACAUAUGCAUUGAUGAUUGAUGCCUAUGGGAGGGUUGGGGAUGUGAAAAUGGCACUGCAAUUGUAUGAUCGUUCGAAGAUCGAAAAAUGGCAAUUAAGCACAAAUAUAUUCACAACCCUUAUCAGGAUUCAUGGGACAACUGGGAAUUUUGAUGGGUGUCUGACUGUUUUUGAGGAAAUGAGGGCUGUUGGUAUUAAGCCCGACUUAAUUUGCUAUAAUACCAUGUUGGAUGCUAUAUAUAGAGCGAAGCUGCCAUCGGAGAUUAAGUCUAUCCACCAAGAAAUUCUGAAUAGUGGAUUAAGCCCCGCUUUUGCAACGUAUGCUUCUCUUCUUCGUGCGUAUUGUAAGUCGUGUUGUGGUGAUGAAGCCAUGAAUGUGUAUAACGAGAUGUUGGCGAAAGGGAUGGAGCUGAAUACGCUUCUUUACAAUACCCUUUUGCGAAUGUGUGUUGAUAUUGGUUUCGUAGAUGAAGCAGCAUCGAUAUUUGAGGAGAUGAAGAGAUCAAGGUAUGGUCAGCCAAACAGUCGGACGUUUUCAUCCUUAAUCACGAUAUUUUCCAGCUGCGGGCAAGUCUCGGAGGCAGAGGAUACAUUGGAAGAAAUGUUAGAAGCGGGUUUCAAGCGUGAUGUAUAUGUUUUGACUGAUCUACUUCAAUGUUAUCGGAAAUCCAACCGGAUAGAUGAUGUGGUGAGAACGUUAGAUAGGAUCACGGAGGUUGAUAUAACUCCAAACGAGCGGUCUUGCAUCUGUCUUCUGAAGGUGAUGACGGAAGUCCCUCGGGAGGAGAUGGGUAGGGUUACGAGAUGCAUCGAAAGGGCUAAUCCGAAGCUUGGUAAUGUGGUGAAACGGGUCGUGGAAUCGCCGGAUGUCGAAGAUGAAAUCUUUAAGAAUGAAGUUAGUGAAGUAGUUAGUCAAGUGGGAGAUGAUGAUUCAAGGAGAGCUUAUUGCAAGUGCUUAAUCGAUCUAUGCGUCUACCUUCGAAAGCCGGAGAAAGCAAGGUAUGUUGAAACACUACUGUAAUUAACCUUGUUCAUUUGGCUGUUUUCGUGUUCUCUUAUUUGGUUACCAUUGGAAAUGAAGUUGUUUGCCAUCUUUUCUCCUGAAAUAGAUUGCUUAAAAUCCAAGUGUGCUUGUAGCUAAUAUCUUAGCAGGUUAAUGAAUUUAACGAGACUCACAGCUUAUUCUGUCAGCUA